AUGACGGCAUUGGACGGAUGCACAGCUGCGCGUCUUCAUGUCCUGUGCGCCUUCAACCUAAGCGAGUACAUCCAGCUCACUGUGCGAGAGCUCAACUGUGGUAAGCUGCGUCUCCGUCCGGAGGUGGAGGCCGUUGCGGGCAUCUUCGCGGCUGGAAAGUCAAACGGCCGUCAGCGGAAGAUUUGGAACGGAGCUUCUGUCUCACAGUUGGCGCAAGCACCGCCCAAGCCGAGGCGGCUGGCAAACCCUUCCUGUUUCCUUGACGUGAACGCUUCAGGGGACAGCCUCUAUUUCUCCAAACGAGAUGCUGCCACUUUCUUCGAUGCGCUAAAGGUGCCUAAGGCGUUGCAGAGAUGGUUUGGGCAACCUGCUGUGCAAGUGCGAGAGCUGGUAGAGGCCGGCAUGAGCUUGGAGUGCAUCCUUUCGCUUUGCGACGACUUGCCCUCCAGAGAUGUCAAAGCUGAUACGUGGUUGUAUCCAGCAAGCGUGGUUUGGCCCAUGGGAUUUUCAUGGUCGUCAGCUGUAGCGCAGGACACCGCUCUGGCAGUGUGUGCACGAGCGGGCAUUCGGGAAGAGUCCAUUCUCAGCCCAGACCACACCGCGCCGGAGAGGCAGCAGGAGCUAGUUUUCGUUGCCACGGAUGACACAGUCCUGGUGCAUCGCGAUGCCACUUUGGGAAUGCAAAGGCUAGCGGCUAAGCAGCCUUGA